AUGGCGAUUCUACAAGCACAAAAUGAGGAAAUAGCGGCAAAGAGAAGGCUAGCGAAGCAGAAGGAAAAGGCGAGAAGGAGUCGGCCAAAAAAUAAACAAAAGGCUAUACAAGCGGAGACUCUUUCGGCUGAAAUAACGAGUUAUAGUUUCACGAGCUCCGUUUGGAAAGGUUUUGUUCCUCCGAGGAUUGAGCUAUUUGGGUGGUUUGUGCUAGUUGAUCGAGUUAACACCAAUGAGCGGCUGGGUAAAAUAGGAGUCAACAUUCUGGGGGAUAGUUUGUGUGUAAUGUGUACUAAGGAAUUAGAAUCUGCUGAGCAUUUAUUCCUUAGGUGUGAUGUAGCUUGGCAGGUGUGGUGUAAGUGGUUGAGGUCACUAGGUAGAGAGUGGGUGAUUCCUGGAACCAUUAGGGAAAUGUUUGAAAGCUGGCAUGGCUUGCAUAAUAGACAACAAGGGCAGCAGAUGUGGAUGACAGUGUUCUUUGCAGUUAUUUGGAACAUUUGGUUGGAACGGAAUUCACGAAUCUUUAAGAAUACAAGAGCAAGCCUGGAGGUAAUCCACACAAAGACGGUGAUGAGCUGUACAGAAUGGCAUGGUGGUGAUUCUGGGAGAGGCUGUUGA